AUCCCAUAAAUACUGGUCGAGCGUUUUUCGGCAUUUCGUUUGGUGUGAAUGUUUGAGUGUGUGUGUGUUUGUAUGUGUGUGAGGGUUUUUUUUUUGCGUGAUUGAACUAUUUAUAUGAAGCCUUUCAUGACAAAUAUAUUUUAACUUAUUUUAUAAAGCACUUUAUAAGCCCAAGAAACUAAUCCAAAAAGGGGUUUCCUUUCACAAUGGUUGCAACAAGCACACAGAAGAACAAAAGCUCUGAAUUCAUCUCGGAUUUUGUUGAUAAAGGAUGCGACCAGUCAUUCAUCGACAACGAACUGGACUUCUGGGAGCGCUGCCUGGCCGAGCCGUACCUCAGCGUUGAGGCUUGUGAGGAGUGGGCGUGCCAACAGCUGGCACGGCUGCUUGAGGGCUGCUUGGCACGGGCGAAGACCAGCACUCUGCAUUGCACAAGAGUGCUAGUGCCUGAAACGCUGACCCGGCGGGUGGCAAGGGACGUUUUACGGCUGGCGGCAGUCGAACCCUGUGGGUUACGCGGCUGCGUGCUGGAUGUGCGCCUCGAGCUGGAGGAGCACCAUAAACAGCGGCGCUGUGCAAAGCUUGAACGGUUUAUUUGUGAUGCCAGCAUGGUGCCCACGUUUGAGCUCACUCUAGUCUUCAAGCAAGAUGGCAGCAGCUGGUUGAACUUCCGGGACUUCCUGCGUAUCGGCACCUGCUUCUCACGUCGCACGCUCAAGCUUGGCCCUGGCUUCCGGCUCGUUAAGAAGAAGCUCUACUCGUCAGCGGCUGGUACCGUAGUCGAGGAGUGCUGAGCCACUGGGUUGAUGUUUAACGGUACAAUGCACUUCAACACUUAGAUGUAUGAAUGUACAGGGCUGCCUUUUGAACGGCUCGUUUUCUUUUUCCUGCACUUUUUAUACUCUGUGAUCUAGUUAAGUAGUUUCACUGUAUGUUCUGUUUUGGGGGAAGUAGAGAAACGCAUUGAGCCAUUUGAUGCGUUGGUGGAGUUUCAUGUCUUUUGGUAUAGGAUGUUGUACCGAUAAAUGUGCUGUCUGUUAUUUGUAUUUCCAGUUAUUUCCUAGUGCACAAAUGAUUGUGACAUUAAUUCUUUCUGAUUGUCACUAGUGUGUAACCAAAACCUUAAAUAUUAAAAAGGGACUAGCACAGUUUCAUAUCGGGUGUGUGGAAGAACGGCACGUCUCUCAAAGAAGUGCUUUCUGUGGAGUACCUGCUUGUAAAAACAUGCUGCCAAAGGCAUUAAAGCUCAGUGUACAUGUAAAAAUGUUUUCACUGUUCUACUAUUGUUUAAAAGAAUUUUUGGCUUUUCUAGGAAGUUUGCCUGAUCAAAGAGCCUGUUUAGUGCUUCCCCCUCCCCAAUGUUCUGUCUUUUCUAUCACCUUUGCAGUGCUGUUCUGAAAACUGGACAUAUUUUAAGAGGUUCCUGUUACAGGAAGUGGAAUUUCUUGUCUAUUUGACAAUAAACUAUUUUGAAUACA